AGAAGAGUGGCCGGAGCAACGGAACAGUGCCAUACAAGCCCAGGGAGGAGGUAGGCGCCCCGGGAGGUGUGAAAGAAAGGUUGUUACAUUUGAAAACCCGGUCUUUGAGGUGGAGGAGGCGCCGGGCAGGUGUAAACAAAAGCCUGCGGGAGGUGCAGUCCUUCCCGCCUGCCCUCCUGACCCCUCUGUCUCCUGAGUGCCUGCACAGCACCGGGUGGAGGCCAACAUGGAGGUGACGGAGGAAAACCUGGGUCGCCUGGUGGAGGUGCUGACACACACAUUCUCCCAGGACCCUGCACAGCGCCGGGCAGCUGAGCAGUUUCUGGGUCAGGUCGAGGGCAACGAGAACUACCCGGUGUUGCUGCUGACCCUGCUGACCCGUGAUGAGGCUCAGGUCCCCAAGAACAUCAAGUUGGCCGCCUCCAUCCACAUCAAAAACCUCAUCAAGCGAAACUGGGUGGUGGAUGAGGAUGGCACGAACAGGAUCAGCGCCAAUGACAGGGCAGUGGUGAAGAGGGAGAUAGUGGACUUGAUGCUGCGGUCCUCUGAGGGGGUGCAGCGCCAGCUCUCCCAGGCCAUCUCCAUCAUCGGCAAGUCGGACUUCCCCCACCAGUGGUCUGAGCUCAUCCCCUACAUGGCUGAGAAGUUUAAAUCAGGUGACUUCAACAUCAUAAACGGGGUGCUGCAGACGUCCUACUCGGUGAUGGAGCGCUACGAGUACGAGAACAAGUCUGACGACCUCUGGCGGGAGAUUAAAUUUGUUCUGGACAACUUUGCUCAGCCGCUCACCAGCCUCCUUGUGGAGCUUAUGAAGUUUGCUGGGGAGAACCUGAACAACGAGGAUGCUCUGCGCAAGAUCUUCUCCUCUCUGGUGUCGGUGGGGCAGCUGUUCUUUGCCCUAAACUCACAGGAUCUGCCGGAGUUCUUUGAGGACAACAUGGCAAUUUGGAUGGAACACUUUCUCACACUUCUCAACUUCACCAGCCCACACCUUGCCUCCUCUGAUGAUGAGAUGGGAGUGCUGGAGCAGGUGAAGAGCCAGGUGUGCAAGAAUAUAACCCUGUACGCCGGGAAGUACCGCGAGGAGUUUGAGCCAUAUAUUGAGAAUUUUGUGACAGCAGCUUGGAACCUCCUCUCCAACACUCCUUUGGAUAUCAAGUAUGACCAGAUGGUGAGUUUGGCCAUCCAGUUCCUGUGUGCUGUGGCUGAGAGGGACCACAGCAAGGGUCUCUUUGAGAAUGAACAAGUGCUCUCUGGUAUCUGUGAGAAGGUUAUCCUUCCCAACAUGCACCUCAGAUCAUGCGAUGAAGAGCUGUUCGUGGACAGUCCAGAUGGGUGGGUGGCACAAGAGCUGGAGGGCGCCAACACUGAGACUCGACGGAGGGCAGCAGUUGACUUUGUGAGGGUGUUGUCAAGACACUUUGAGGCUCGCAUGACACAGGUGUUCGGCCAGUAUGUGCAGUCCAUGCUGGCGACGUACGCAGAAAAGCCAGCUGAGUGUUGGCGUAACAAGGUGGCUGCGAUAUACCUGGUGACCACACUUUCUGCCAAGGGUCAAACCGCCCGCCACGGUACCACAAAGGUCAAUGAACUGGUUAAUAUAACUGAGUUCUACCAAGGCCACAUCCUCCCUGAGCUGCAAAACCAGGAUGUGAACCACCUUCCCAUUCUGAAGGCAGAGGCCAUCAAGUACGUCAUCAGCUUCCGCAGUGUUCUCCCCUUUGAGGCAGUAAAGGUGUGCGUGCCCGACUUGAUCCGCAUCCUGACUGCUGAGUCCGCAGUGGUGCACACAUACGCUGCCGAUGCCAUCAACAAGGUGUUCAUGCUGAGGGUGAACGGUCAGAUGGCAGUGCAGCGUGGCGACGUGUCUCCACUGGCUGGCACACUGUACACCAACCUGCUGGGUGUGCUGGCCAGAGAAGGGUCGGCGCAGAACGAGUACAUCAUGAAGACCGUCGCCACUGUCACAAGCCUGUUGGAGGGUGACCUGAUGCAGCAUGCAGGCUUGGUGGUACCCCAGUUGGUGCUUAAGCUACAGCAUGUUGUCAAGAACACUGUUAAGCCACACUUUGUCCACCACCUCUUCGAGACACUCUCCAUCGUUAUCAAGACCGUCUGUAACUCUGUGGAUGGCGCCGUUGGGGAGUUUGAUCGCAACCUGUUCCCUAUCUUUCAAGAGAUCCUGCAGAAUGAGUUAGAGAGCCUCAUUCCUUACAUAUUUCAGAUCAUUUCCCUGCUUCUAGAGCGGCAGAAGGGAGAGGUGCCAGAGGCAUACCUGUCACUGCUGCCAUUCCUGGUGAUGCCGGUGUUGUGGGAGCGCCCAGGGUAUGUGGCCCCCAUGGUGCGGCUGCUGCAGGCCUACGUGGAGAAGGCACAUACCCAGAUUGUGCAGAUGGGUAAGCUGGAGGCUGUGCUGGGCGUGUUCAAUAAGCUCAAUGCCUCCAAGACCAAUGACCAUGAGGGGUUCUACCUUAUGCAGUGUAUGCUGCUUCACAUGCCCAAGGAAGUCCUCGACAAUUAUUGGAACCAGAUCUUCACCAUCAUGUUUCGCCGCCUCACUUCCAGCAAGACCACCAAGUAUGUGCGGUCGCUAUUAGUCUUCUUUAGCCUCUUUGCCUGCCAGCACUCAGCAGCACGGCUCAUCCAGAUCAUUGAUUCUCUGCAGGCCAACAUGUUUGCCAUGGUUAUUGACCGCUUGAUGGUGCCAGACCUCCAGAAAGUGGCUGGUGAUACUGACAAGAAAAUCUGUGCUGUUGGCCUUAGCAAUGUGUUGGCAGAGCCCAUGGUUUACUCUGGAGCAUACCAGGAGCGGUGGGGUGCUGUGCUGGAGGCAGUGGUACGGCUACUGGAGUGUCCUGAGGAUGGUUCGCUGCCUGCUGGGGAACACUUCAUUGAGGUGGAGGACAUCCCAGCCUUCCAGGGCUCUUCCAACAGGCUGAGGCAUGCCAUGCGGGGCGAGAACGACCCCCUCAAAGGCCAAGUGGACAACCCACAGGUGUAUCUGGCCCAGCGACUGGCCCUAGUAUCCCAGGCACACCCUGGUACCAUCCAGGGCCGGCUGGCAAGGCUGAGCCAGGAGGUACAGGCACACGUGGCGCAGUACCUGCAGGUUGCUGCUGUCACCCUGGCGUGAGACCAGCCAUUGCUGUACCCUAGUGAUAACUCAGUGUGAGGAAGUGUAAAGACUAUUUUUUGAUAUUUCCACAACAUUUAUACCAUGCUAGUGUACAGAUGAUAUGCUGUUGCUUUGACCCUCAGUGUAUGCAGGCCUAGACGCUUAGGGUUCCACAUGUGAUAUGGAAAGCUUGAUGUACCAUAGGUAGGGAUAAAGCUUGAUGGAGGAGUCUUGUCAUCUGCUGUAUAGUGAAACAGAGCUGACAACCAGUUUUCUGGCAUUCAUCAGAUGACACCAGGUGGCCAACUCUCAUCACAGUGCCACCCAUGUACUAAACAGCAGUCAUAUUUUCUUUCAUUACAGCAAUAUCUGCCAUGAUCUGGAGCUUUUAUUUAUUUAAGGUGCUGAAGUAGCUUUGCCACCUCCAUGUUGCCUUAGUGAAGUUUAAGGAAGGAAAAUCAGCCAAUAUAGUUCUUGAUUCCUUCUUUCUAAGUUUUAUUAACACAUCUCUAAGGCAUGACACCAAUGGAUCACAUGGUGACCAACAUGAUGAUGCUGCUGCUCCUGCCAGCAGGAUGAAAUAUGUCAGGCUCAUAGCAGAAUUUUUUCUUUCUCAAGAUAUUUAGAUUGUCAACCUGCCAACGGAUGGCAUUUUUUUCAGCAGGAGCCACACCAGCAUGCUGAGGAAAGUACCCUAAUUAUUGGCAUCUUGACAAGGCAGUGAUAAUAGUACUGUCCUGUUACAUUGCUGUGGCCUUGCUUCUGCUGCCGCUUGGCUCCCACUAAGUGGUUAUGUGAUUGUUAUAUGUUAUUUUUCUUAGGUUAUGGAUUUAAGUUUGACUUCAUACUUUUACAAAGAAAGUUGUCUUUUCCACUAUGUGGGUACCUCUUAUAAUCCGCUUAUAAUUUCAACCAUAUUUUAUUCUGCUGAAUAAAAUUAAUUUUAAUUAA